AUGGCAUGGUCUUUCCUUGGUUGGAGUUUUGGUGAAGUGAGUGAACACAUUGAGAAGGGAAAAGAAUUACUUGGGCACUAUAAGAAACAAUCCGAUUGGUCAAAUUGUUGGAGAGAUGCAGUGAAUGAAUUGGUUGAACAUUGUAAACAGCUUAAAACUGAUGAAAUGAAAAGAACUAAACUGGCCAUCCAAAUCACAAACUGUCAUUUGAGCAAAUCAGGUCUAAGGACCUAUGAAUGCAAAGACUACAUGACCAUUCAAGAAUGUACAAAAGACAUGAUCACCUCUCCCAUAGCCUUCAACAGCUACACAGAAUUUAGCACCCAUGUGGACAAUAUUUGCUUUUUUAUCAAGUCAGAACUUUUUCAAGAACAAUCCGAUCAAAUAAUUAACAAUUUACUCGAUGAAACGAUUCGAACCAUGAAGAGUAUUAGUUCUCUCAAUGAAAAAGCUCUGAAAACAAAUGAAAUCAUUCAAACCUCAAUGGAAAUUCAGGAAAAGAUUCUUCGAGGUCAAAACAAAUUUGAUGUCACUCUCAAGACAAUGAAGAAGCUUGAAUAUGAAUUUUUUCAAAACUUGACACAGGAAUUUCUUAAAGUGAAUUCCCUCUCAAAAAAUCUCUUCGAUGAGCUACAUCAUAUAGCAACGGAGCAAUCUAAGCACAGAACACAAGUGGAAGAUCAUUUUCAUUCACUUAAUAGUGCCAACAAGGAAUUGAGCCGUUCCUUAGAUCUUUCUCUUCAACAAACAAAGCGAAUGAGUGAAGAUCAAGCAGCUGUCAUACAAACAUUGGAUAGUUUGAAUCAAAAGCAAAACGAGAUUUAUGAAAUUUCUUCACUUUCACUUCGACAACAGGAUCAAUUACUUAAAGCUCAGAAUGCACUCCAAAAGCUUCAACAAGAUCUACACACUCUCACUUCAAGAAAAUUGGAGUCUAUUGAAGUGAAAUCUCUAAAUAUUGAACAUGGAUUAGAAAAAAAUAUGGAAUACCAAAACUUGCUUUUUGAAAAACAAAAACAAGCAGAGCAUCAAUUGACUCAACUACAAGAUCAACAACAGUUAUUGUUUCAAGACGCAAAGAGAUCUCUUGAAGAAUUGCUCAAGUACAAUGAGGAUACCGCACUAAGCAUCAAAGAGCAACAUGUUCAAGUUCAGAAAAUUAUGAAUGGCGUCAUGGAUAUCAUUAGUGUGAACACUUCAUUACUUGGAGAGUAUAUGGAUAUCAAAUCUGUACUGUUCUAUUCACUAGCUGUAGUAUUGACAUUUUUAUUAACCUCUUCCAAGUACACUCAAAAUGCUCGGUUGUACAUUUAUCUUGUUUUUACUUUAAAUUUAGCUGUGGAAAAGUACAUCUUGUCAUCUUUCCUGUUGGACCCACACAACACAACAAAGAUCAAUUAUUGGAAAGGAAUUUGUAGACAAUUAAGUACCUUGCUGUCAUUCCUAUGCCUUAUUCUAUCCUUCUUCUUGUACAAAGAUUAUAGUCAAUUGAGUUUUGAGCAACUUGCUCACCUUAGAAAAGAGAUUUUAGAUUUAAGGAAAGACAAUUUUUCAAAUGGUCGUCGUCAUCAUCAAACCACUUGGAGAGACAAUCAUCAAACCACUUCUACCUGGAGUGUGAGUGCUUGCCAUUCCACUCAUGACCAUAAUUUCUCAACAGUGGUGCAUCAAUGUGGAACGUACCAACCUGCACCAAUACGUUAUUCUUCCAAGUUGAAGAAGUUUAUGUAA